GCCCACAACUUUCGAACCCCAACCUGUUAACACAUCAACAACCGCAAAAAUGGGUCGCGUCCGCACUAAGACCGUCAAGAAGUCCGCCAAGGUCAUCAUCGAGCGUUACUAUCCUAAGCUCACUCUCGAUUUCGAGACCAACAAGCGCAUCUGCGAUGAAAUCGCUAUCAUUGCCUCCAAGCGUCUUCGAAACAAGAUCGCCGGUUAUACCACCCACUUGAUGAAGCGUAUCCAGCGUGGCCCCGUCCGUGGCAUUUCCUUCAAGCUUCAGGAAGAGGAGCGUGAGCGCAAGGAUCAAUACGUCCCCGAGAUCUCUGCUUUGGACGUUUCGCAGUCCGAGAGCGGACAGCUGGAUGUCGAUGCCGACACCAAGGACCUGCUCAAGAGCCUUGGUUUCGAUACCCUCAAAGUCAACGUUGUUCCAGUCAGCCAGCAGACGACCGAUAGCCGCCCUCGCCGCUUUGGCGGUGCCCGUUAAAUUCUCCCCGUUUAAAAUGGAAAGAAUUGUUUGUUAAUAAUGGUUUUAAUCUAAAGAUGGCAGGCAAUUGCGGAAUGGAAGGCGUUUUUCUCCUUCGUUUUAUUUCUAUAUUUAGUCGAGGACUGCACGGAUUGAAAAAAGGGGGGAAAUGCGACGUGGUGAUUCACCUCCGUCAAUGGAUCUAUCCCAUAAGUCUUUUUUUCUUUUUUCCUACAAAUUCUCAUAUUGCAUGUUAACGCACGACAAAACCAGAAAAGAAAUAUAAAAUAUAUCUAUUCUCAAGACAAGGUGUCGCUGAUUCUUCACGGAUGACGCUUGAUUGCCAAUAUUUGUUCUUCCGUUUUCUCUUUCGACGUUUCCCCAACGUCUGUCAGCAGGUGGGUGGGAUAACGCCGUGUGCCACUCUAGUUUGACUAUUGCUUCAGCCUAUGAGGCAUGAAGUUGGUGAGAUUGAUGUUCGAAAUGACAAAAAAGGUAGGUCUGUGAUCAGUUGAUACAUCGAUUGACACAUACUACACUCAAAAAUGGUUGAUGUAGACGCUAUCCUUAUUCAAA